AUGUUGUCUAGCUGGAAAGUUUGCUGCGGAAGGAUACCACAACGAUGGGUUCUGGCUGUUAUGGGAUGUUUUGGGAUCGCCAACUCUUACAUAAUGAGGACUUGCUUGUCAGUUGCCAUCACAGAGAUGGUUGCCACGACUGGAACGUCGAACGACACAAGCUUGGACGAAACAUGUUCAGCAUCCGAAUCAACAUCGUCGAGCUCAAGUACCAGUGGCACUUACGAAUGGAGUGAAUAUACACAGGGGAUCAUUCUGUCCAGUUUCUUUUGGGGAUAUGCUGUGGCUCAACUACCAGGUGGAAUAAUAGUGGCUAGAUUUGGAGGGAAGCACCCUGUAGGCAUUGGUCUCUUCGUUACUGGAGUCCUGACUCUGCUGACCCCAAUAGUAGUCGAGAAAUUCGACGCCGAGGGCCUCAUAGUACUUCGUGUCCUCAUGGGACUCAGCGGCGGAGUGAUUUACACGUCAAUCAGUUUCCUCAUCGGGAAAUGGGCUCCACCGAACGAGCGGUCAAAGAUCGGUAACUUGAUAAUGUCUGGAGCGAUCUUGGGUACGAUAGUCGGAAAUGCACUGUCCGGGGUGCUCAUAGAAGCCUCCACGAUUGGUUGGCCAAUCGUUUUCUACUUCUUCGGGGCCUUGUCAGUGCUUUGGUUUUGCACCUGGACCCUCCUCUGCUACAACCAACCCGAAACCCACCCGUUUAUAACCGACAAGGAAAGGGAAUACCUCGAGGGAACCAUGAAAGACCUCAACACGGGAAACCACAGAGAAAAAGAAAGGAUUCCAUGGCGUCACAUACUGACUUCUCUACCGUUCUGGGCGGUGACAGCAGGCAAUGUAAGCCACGACUGGGGUUACUAUGUGAUGAUGACGAAUUUGCCGAAGUACAUGAGUAGCGUCCUGAAGUUUUCGAUCCAGUCAAAUGGGCUACUCUCGGCACUGCCGUACGUAGCCAUGUGGAUAACGAGCAAUAUCUCGUCCUGGAUUGCAGACUGGUUGAUAAAGGCGGGUAAGAUCUCCAGGACCAACGUCCGCAAGGUCCUUGCCUCCAUCGGUGGUCCUGGAACAGGACUUUUCCUGAUCGGUGCCUCGUAUGCUGGGUGUAACCGGAUCGUAGUCGUCACUCUCCUCGUCUUAGGCAUGGGAGUGAUGGGCAACUUGUACCCUGGAGUCCUGGUGAACCAUGUCGACUUGAGUCCGAACCACGCGGGAACUCUGAUGGGCACUCUGAAUACCAUAUCGGCGCUCACUGGCAUCGCUGCUCCCUAUGCGGUAGGCGUUCUUACACCAAAUCAGUUUCUAUCUGAGUGGAGGAUCGUGUUUUGGAUCACAUUUGCUGUGUUCUUUGUGGUGGCCUUGGUAUUUGACAUCUGGGGUGAUGGUGAGGUUCAGCCAUGGAAUGAUCUGGACUUUGUCAAGCGGAAGCGAAAGGAAGUUGAAGUGGACCAACCGGAGCGCGGAGAAAAGACAUCUUCAAGUUGA